GCUGACUCGGCAUUUCUUUGUAAAGUGUGCCUGUUCAGUUGUCCGCGGUUUGUCUUUUCGUUUUGGGCUUUCCACAAUGUCAGAAGAAGGCGAGAGCGGAGCGAAGAGCGACUCGGAAGCUCCCAAGCCGGGCUACCACCGAGUGGUAACCGACAUGCACUUUGUCAACAUCUCCAUAAAGACGUACGAGAAGAAGACGGGCGGAGGUUUCCCUCGCGAGGAGUACUUCGCCUACCGCAUCGUCUCCAUGUCAGUUCAGCAUGCCGCCCCUUAUAUAUAUAAGUAUCAGUAGAAAGUAUCGUAGAAUAUCCUAAGAGUGUCCGGAGAGGAAUAUCCUAACGGUAUCCGGGAAGAAUACGGAAGACUAGCGUUGAUAUUGCUCUUCACGCACUGCAGUCUUACGAGUGAGGAGAUACCAGAGGGCGAAGCGGCUGCCACUCACACUCUGGACGAGACGAAGAAGAAGCGGCAGGAGGUCUGGAGACGCUACAGCGAGUUUGAGAUUCUCUGGAACUUUCUCUGCACCGUGUACCCUUACGUUGUAGUGCCACCACUGCCAGAAAAGGCUAUCAAGGGCAGCUCUGGACUGUUGAACAAGAUCACAUUUUCCGGAGAAGACUCUGACUUUCUCAUCAAACGCCAACAUGCUCUCGAGAUAUUUCUGGUGCGUCUGUCGCGACAUCCGGUGCUGUGCCAGAGCUACUGGUUUCAUCAGUUCCUCGAGAAUAUUGGGUGGAGAGAAGCAGUGCAAAGAACUGGAUACUUGCAAAAGUCUGACAUGCUUCUCAAGACACUUUCACUGCUAUCGAAACAGAAGGGAGACCAGAGGUUUCACGAUGUGAGAGAGUAUGCUGAGGAGUUGGAGGCUGUCUUCAAAUCUCUACUUGAGAUCAGAGAAAAGGUCAAUGAAAGUGUCAAGGCGGUGUAUAAGAUCCAUACAAACUAUGGACGAGUGUUUAGCGAGUGGUCCGAGAUUGAGGAUACGAUUGGAACCGCUCUUCAAGUCACUGGUGGUUCCAUGGACAGUUACGCAGAUUCAGUUGAGAUGUAUCUCGACGAAGAGGAGUCGCGCUACUACAUGCCACUGAAAGAGUACCUGGCCUACUGUGAAUCUCUCAGAGGUAUGGUAAAGAGACACGAUAUUCUGGAGAAGAGGCUGGAGAGAGCAGAGAGCGCGCUGUCCACCAAAUCUGAAACCAAAGCCACCGUUCAGAGAGAGGGUCUUCCGUCAGGGGUGGAGCAAGCUGGAGCUCCGCCCACUGGUACCACGCCCACCGGCGGGGGAGGGAGGUUCUCGCUGAGGGCCAUAUCCAACAGACUGAGAGGAGUCGACGGUUCGUACGAGGGGAGGCUGGCCGUGGCUUCCCGAGAACUGCUGGAGGCAGAGGAGACUGUCAGGAUAACUCAGAAAGAAUUACAGUUGUUCACGACGGAGGCACUGGAGGAGCUGAAGAGGUUCCAUGAGCAGAAGACCGCUGACUUUAAGAGCAUUCUGAUCAACUUUAUCCAACUUCAGAUGCACGUGCAUAGGAAGGGCAAGGAUACUUGGGAGCGAGUAAAGCAAGGCUUUUCAACCAUGCAAUAGUCACACUUACAUAGAACCCAAUUCAUUCUGUGAGUGUGUAUUUAAUAUUAAUUUUUGUGUCCCAAAAAUUUGCUAUACGAAUGUUUACUAUCGUAAAAAACCCCCCGUAAGAUUGCAUAAAAAUGGCUUCCCCAGUACUUGCAAUCAAGGAAGUGUGUAUGUUUUGGAAGUGUUGGAUCUCUAUACUCUAUGAUGUCGUGCGAGAGCCCAUAUUUUAUCAUUCCACAUGCAAUGUAUCUUUACGACAGCUAUGUAGCAGG